GUUAUCAUCAACUUUUUGUACUAGAACAUUGUGAUGUAACAAGAGUUCAACAAGAGUUACUAUAUUUCUAAUGUUAUACUAACUUCCAUGAUGGAAUAUAAAAGAAGGAACUUAAAAUAGUUCAGAUUACUUCCCUUUGGGGGUUAUAUAUUGAACAGUUAGAGACCAUACAAUGCAAUACCUCACGUUAUUUUUACAGUUUCAAAGUACUUCUCUGUAAGAGACAUGGAAAUUCCAAGAUUAGACAGAUUGUAGGUUAAGCUUAUUAGAACAGAUUUAAGUGGUACAUGAAGGAAGUUUAGGAUUUGCUAGGAAGAGAGGAAGAGGGGGUAGACAUUCUAGGGGGUAGUAGAAUGAGUAAGGCGGGAGUGAACAUGUCCCAGCUGAAGGAUGGUAAGGAUUGGUAGGGAUGCCUUCCUGAGAAGAACAGAGGGCGGCUGAGGAAAGAGCAUGGGGUAAAGAUUUGAUUGGUUGGAAGAAACAGUUGCUUGUGAGCCUUGGAAAACAGAGUGAGGAAUUUUCAGCCUAGGGAACUAUAUCACUCAGUAUCCUGGCAGGAAAUAAAUGAACUAGUUAUAGAGGUUUGGGUAGGAUUAAGUAAAGCAACAAGGGAUUGGAAGUUCCCAGGGCCUAGUGCUAUCAGGAAGCCAUUAAUACUUUCAAGCCAGAGGGGGCAAGAACAAGAACACGGAAGCCUGAUGAGAGCUGGAGCAAUCGAAGCCAAACCAGUGGAGAGGACCUGUGGCUGUAGAGGGAAGGUUCCAAGAACUAAUGGCUAAAGAAUAAAUCAACAUGGCAACUAUGGUUCCACCAGUGAAACUGAAAUGGCUUGAACACCUAAACAGUUCUUGGAUUACAGAGGACAGUGAAUCUAUUGCUACAAGAGAAGGGGUUGCUGUUCUGUAUUCUAAACUGGUCAGUAAUAAGGAAGUAAUACUUUUGCCCCAACAAGUUUUGUGUCUCAAAGGACCACAGUUGCCAGACUUUGAACGUGAGUCUCUUUCAAGUGAUGAGCAGGACCACUAUUUGGAUGCCCUUCUUAGCAGCCAGCUAGCACUCGCGAAGAUGGUUUGUUCCGAUUCCCCAUUUGCUGGGGCACUUCGAAAACGACUGCUUGUACUCCAGCGUGUUUUUUAUGCACUUUCUAAUAAAUAUCAUGACAAGGGCAAAGUGAAACAGCAGCAGCAUUCUCCAGAGAGCAGUUCUGGUUCAGCAGAUGUCCAUUCUGUUAGUGAACGUCCCCGGUCAAGCACGGAUGCACUUAUAGAAAUGGGUGUUCGAACUGGUCUAAGUUUAUUAUUUGCACUUCUAAGACAAAGUUGGAUGAUGCCUGUGUCGGGACCUGGUCUCAGUCUUUGCAAUGACGUUAUUCAUACUGCAAUUGAAGUUGUCAGUUCUUUACCACCAUUAUCUUUAGCAAAUGAAAGCAAGAUUCCUCCAAUGGGCUUGGACUGCUUAUCACAAGUAACAACAUUUCUUAAAGGAGUAACUAUUCCCAAUUCUGGGGCAGACACUUUAGGUCGAAGAUUAGCUUCUGAGUUGCUGCUUGGUUUAGCAGCUCAACGAGGCUCUUUGAGAUAUCUACUUGAAUGGAUCGAAAUGGCUUUAGGGGCUUCCGCAGUUGUAAAUUCCAUGGAGAAAAGCAAGUUACUAUCAAGCCAGGAAGGAAUGAUCAGCUUUGACUGCUUUAUGAUGAUAUUAAUGCAGAUGAGGCGUUCUUUGGGUUCAUCUGCUGAUCGGAGUCAGUGGAGGGAACCAACCAGAACAUCUGAUGGGUUGUGCUCGCUCUAUGAGGCAGCUUUAUGUCUCUUUGAAGAGGUUUGCAGAAUGGCUUCUGAUUACUCAAGAACAUGUGCUAGCCCAGAUAGCAUUCAGACUGGUGAUGCUCCCAUUGUCUCAGAAACCUGUGAGGUUUAUGUUUGGGGGAGCAAUAGCAGCCAUCAGUUGGUAGAAGGCACACAGGAGAAAAUAUUACAGCCCAAACUGGCUCCCAGUUUCUCCGAUGCUCAGACCAUUGAAGCUGGACAAUACUGCACUUUUGUCAUUUCUACGGAUGGCUCUGUCAGAGCUUGUGGUAAAGGCAGCUAUGGGAGACUGGGCCUUGGAGAUUCUAAUAAUCAGUCUACCUUAAAAAAGUUAACAUUUGAGCCUCACAGGUCCAUUAAAAAGGUUUCAUCUUCCAAAGGAUCUGAUGGUCACACUUUAGCUUUUACCACAGAAGGAGAAGUCUUCAGUUGGGGAGAUGGUGAUUAUGGGAAACUGGGACAUGGAAAUAGUUCAACACAGAAAUAUCCCAAGCUUAUUCAGGGCCCUCUUCAAGGAAAGGUAGUUGUUUGUGUGUCGGCUGGGUACAGACAUAGCGCUGCUGUAACAGAGGAUGGCGAACUGUACACAUGGGGUGAAGGAGACUUUGGAAGAUUAGGUCACGGUGACAGUAAUAGCCGUAACAUUCCAACAUUAGUAAAAGACAUUAGUAAUGUAGGAGAAGUUUCUUGUGGCAGUUCACAUACUAUUGCUUUAUCUAAAGAUGGGAGAACUGUAUGGUCGUUUGGAGGAGGAGACAAUGGCAAACUUGGCCAUGGUGAUACCAACAGGGUGUAUAAACCUAAAGUUAUUGAAGCUUUACAAGGAAUGUUCAUACGCAAAGUUUGUGCUGGGAGCCAGUCUUCACUUUCUUUGACAUCAACAGGGCAGGUCUAUGCUUGGGGCUGUGGAGCUUGUCUAGGUUGUGGUUCUUCAGAAGCUACAGCUUUGAGACCCAAGCUUAUUGAAGAACUGGCUGCCACCAGAAUAGUUGAUAUUUCUAUUGGAGACAGUCAUUGUUUGGCUCUUUCUCAUGAUAAUGAAGUUUAUGCCUGGGGCAAUAACUCCAUGGGGCAGUGUGGACAAGGAAAUUCCACAGGCCCUAUUACUAAACCAAAGAAAGUGAGUGGCUUAGAUGGCAUAGCUAUUCAGCAGAUCUCUGCUGGAACAUCACAUAGUCUGGCAUGGACUGCUCUUCCUAGAGACAGACAAGUUGUUGCAUGGCACCGACCUUAUUGUGUAGAUCUUGAAGAGAGUACCUUCUCACACCUGCGUUCUUUUCUUGAGAGAUACUGUGAUAAAAUAAACAGUGAGAUUCCCCCACUCCCUUUCCCUUCAUCAAGGGAACACCAUAGUUUCCUCAAGCUGUGCCUGAAGCUGCUAUCAAAUCACCUUGCUCUUGCACUUGCGGGAGGGGUAGCUACCAGCAUUCUUGGGAGACAGGCAGGUCCACUUCGAAAUUUGCUCUUCAGACUGAUGGACUCAACUGUCCCAGAUGAAAUCCAAGAGGUGGUAAUUGAAACUCUGUCAGUGGGAGCAACCAUGCUAUUACCUCCAUUACGAGAACGUAUGGAGUUACUUCAUUCUCUUUUACCCCAAGGACCUGAUAGAUGGGAAAGCUUAUCCAAAGGACAGAGAAUGCAACUGGAUAUCAUUCUGACAAGUUUGCAAGAUCAUACCCAUGUAGCCUCCUUACUUGGCUAUAGUUCACCCUCUGAUGCUGCUGACCUCUCUUCUGUGUGUACUGGCUACGGAAACCUGCCAGAUCAACCUUAUGGCACUCAGAGCUGCCAUCCAGACACCCAUCUAGCUGAAAUUUUGAUGAAGACUCUCUUAAGGAAUUUAGGAUUUUAUACAGAUCAAGCAUUUGGAGAGCUAGAAAAGAAUAGUGAUAAAUUUCUGCUUGGAACAUCAUCUUCGGAGAACAGUCAGCCUGCUCAUCUUCAUGAACUGCUGUGUUCACUGCAGAAACAGCUGCUGGCAUUUUGUCACAUCAAUAACAUUAGCGAGAAUUCAAGCAGUGUGGCAUUGCUUCAUAAACAUCUUCAGCUCUUGUUGCCUCAUGCCACAGAUAUUUAUUCACGUUCUGCAAAUUUACUCAAAGAAAGUCCUUGGAAUGGCAGUGUUGGAGAAAAAUUAAGAGAUGUGAUAUAUGUCUCAGCUGCAGGCAGUAUGCUCUGCCAGAUUGUUAAUUCCCUACUGUUACUCCCUGUGUCCGUGGCUCGGCCUUUAUUGAGUUACCUCCUCGACUUGUUGCCACCUCUUGAUUGCCUUAAUAGACUCCUGCCAGCUGCCGCUCUUUUAGAAGACCAAGAGUUACAGUGGCCUCUUCAUGGAGGGCCAGAACUGAUCGAUCCUGCUGGCGUGCCAUUACCUCAGCCAGCCCAGUCCUGGGUGUGGCUUGUGGAUCUGGAAAGAACAAUUGCUCUCCUUAUUGGGCGAUGUCUUGGUGGCAUGCUUCAGGGCUCCCCUGUGUCUCCGGAGGAACAGGACACUGCGUAUUGGAUGAAAACACCACUUUUUAGUGACGGUGUAGAAAUGGACACCCCUCAGUUAGAUAAAUGUAUGAGUUGCCUAUUAGAAGUAGCUCUUUCAGGAAAUGAAGAACAGAAACCUUUUGACUACAAAUUGCGACCUGAAAUUGCUGUCUUUGUAGACUUGGCAUUGGGUUGUUCAAAAGAGCCUGCACGAAGCCUUUGGAUCAGCAUGCAGGAUUAUGCUGUUAGUAAAGAUUGGGACAGUGCAACUUUAAGUAAUGAAUCACUCUUGGACACUGUGUCUAGAUUUGUUCUUGCAGCUCUUCUGAAACACACGAAUUUACUUAGUCAAGCAUGUGGAGAAAGCCGAUAUCAACCUGGUAAAAGCUUAUCAGAAGUGUACCGUUGUGUGUACAAAGUUCGAAGUCGUUUACUUGCUUGCAAGAACCUUGAACUUAUUCAGACCAGGUCAUCAUCACGAGACAGAUGGAUCUCAGAAAACCAAGACUCUGCAGAUGUUGAUCCUCAGGAGCAUUCAUUUACCCGGACCAUUGACGAAGAAGCUGAAAUGGAAGAGCAGGCUGAGCGAGACCGGGAAGAGGGGCAUCCAGAGCCAGAGGAUGAGGAGGAAGAACGGGAACAUGAAGUGAUGACAGCUGGCAACCUUGUUUUUGUGUUGCAUGUUACAGAAAUCUUUCAGUGUUUCCUCUCAGCCCGUGAAGUAGCUCGUAGCCGAGAUCGAGAUAGAAUGAACAGUGGGGCAGGGUCUGGGGCUCGAUCUGAUGAUCCACCUCCUCAGUCUCAGCAAGAGCGAAGGGUCAGCACAGACCUUCCUGAGGGUCAGGAUGUGUACACUGCUGCCUGCAACUCCGUGAUCCAUCGGUGUGCCCUCUUAAUAUUAGGAGUAAGCCCUGUGAUUGAUGAGCUUCAGAAGCGGAGGGAAGAAGGACAGUUGCAGCAGCCUUCAACAAGUGCCUCUGAAGGGGGUGGACUUAUGACCAGGAGUGAAAGUCUUACUGCAGAGAGCCGGCUAGUCCACACAAGCCCAAAUUAUAGACUGAUCAAAUCGAGGAGUGAAUCUGAUUUGUCUCAGCCUGAAUCAGAUGAAGAGGGUUACGCACUGAAUGGAAGACGAAAUGUUGAUUUGGACUUGGCAUCAUCUCAUAGAAAGAGAGGUCCUAUCCACAGUCAGUUGGAAUCCCGGAAUGACUCUUGGGCUCGCCUGAAACAUAGCAGAGACUGGUUGUGCAAUUCCUCUUACUCCUUUGAGUCUGAUUUUGAUCUUACCAAGUCUUUGGGAGUUCACACUUUGAUUGAAAAUGUUGUAAGUUUUGUGAGUGGAGAUGUGGGGAAUGCCCCAGGUUUUAAAGAGCCAGAGGAAAGUAUGUCUACAAGUCCCCAGGCCUCCAUCAUUGCAAUGGAACAGCAGCAGUUAAGGGCAGAACUUCGUUUAGAGGCACUUCACCAGAUCCUCAUUCUGUUGUCUGGAAUGGAGGAAAAAGGUAGCAUCUCUCUGGCAGGAAGCAGGUUGAGCUCAGGCUUCCAGUCAUCCACACUGCUCACAUCUGUGAGGCUGCAGUUUCUAGCAGGGUGUUUUGGUUUAGGCACUGUUGGACACGCAGGAGCCAAAGGAGAGAGUGGCCGACUGCAUCACUAUCAGGAUGGGAUCAGAGCAGCUAAGAGAAACAUACAGAUUGAAAUCCAGGUGGCUGUGCAUAAGAUUUAUCAACAAUUGUCUGCUACCCUGGAGAGAGCCCUGCAAGCAAACAAGCAUCACAUUGAAGCCCAGCAGCGUCUCCUUUUGGUUACAGUGUUUGCUUUGAGUGUUCACUAUCAACCAGUGGAUGUUUCUUUGGCAAUUUCCACUGGUCUGCUAAACGUAUUAUCGCAGUUAUGUGGCACAGACACUAUGCUAGGACAGCCUCUGCAGUUAUUGCCGAAGACGGGCGUUUCUCAGCUUAGCACAGCUUUAAAAGUGGCUAGUACAAGAUUGCUCCAGAUUCUAGCCAUCACUACAGGGACCUAUGCCGAUAAACUGAGCCCCAAGGUAGUUCAAUCCUUGUUGGAUCUACUCUGUAGUCAGUUGAAGAAUUUGUUAUCCCAAACUGGUGUACUACUUAUGGCCUCUUUUGGAGAAGGCGAAGGAGAAGAUGGUGAAGAAGAAGAAAAAAAACUUGACUCCAGUGGAGAAACUGAGAAGAGAGAUUUCAGAGCUGCUCUUAGGAAGCAACACGCAGCCGAACUGCAUCUGGGGGAUUUUCUAGUUUUUCUUCGCAGAGUUGUAUCUUCAAAAGCAAUUCAGUCAAAAAUGGCUUCCCCUAAGUGGACAGAAGUGCUUCUGAAUAUAGCGUCUCAGAAGUGUUCUGCAGGUAUUCCUCUAGUUGGUAACUUAAGAACAAGGCUUCUUGCCCUUCACGUCCUUGAGGCUGUGCUACCAGCUUGUGAGUCUGGUGUAGAAGAUGAUCAAAUGGCCCAGGUUGUUGAACGCCUAUUUUCCCUUUUGUCGGAUUGUAUGUGGGAGACACCAAUUGCUCAGGCCAAACAUGCUAUUCAGAUAAAGGAAAAAGAACAAGAAAUAAAACUACAGAAGCAAGGAGAGUUGGAGGAAGAAGAUGAGAAUCUCCCUAUACAAGAAGUAUCCUUUGACCCAGAGAAAGCUCAAUGUUGCCUAGUGGAGAAUGGACAGAUAUUAACUCAUGGCAGUGGAGGAAAAGGAUAUGGAUUGGCAUCAACUGGAGUAACUUCUGGUUGCUAUCAGUGGAAGUUUUACAUUGUGAAGGAAAACAGAGGUAAUGAAGGCACGUGUGUUGGAGUUUCUCGUUGGCCAGUACAUGACUUUAACCACCGUACUACCUCGGAUAUGUGGCUCUAUCGGGCCUACAGUGGUAACCUCUAUCACAAUGGAGAACAGACUCUGACAUUGUCCAGCUUUACUCAAGGAGAUUUCAUUACCUGUGUGUUAGAUAUGGAAGCCAGGACCAUUUCCUUUGGGAAAAAUGGAGAGGAACCAAAAUUAGCUUUUGAAGAUGUUGAUGCAGCAGAGUUGUACCCAUGCGUGAUGUUCUAUAGUAGCAACCCAGGGGAAAAGGUAAAAAUUUGUGAUAUGCAGAUGCGUGGCACACCACGAGACUUACUUCCAGGAGACCCCAUUUGUAGUCCAGUAGCAGCGGUGUUGGCAGAGGCCACUAUUCAGCUUAUCCGAAUCCUUCACCGAACAGACCGUUGGACUUACUGCAUUAACAAAAAAAUGAUGGAAAGGCUGCACAAAAUUAAAAUAUGUAUUAAAGAGUCAGGUCAGAAGCUAAAGAAAAGCCGCUCGGUUCAAAGCCGAGAGGAAAAUGAAAUGAGAGAGGAGAAAGAGAGCAAAGAGGAAGAGAAAAGUAAACAUAAUAGACAUGGCCUUGCUGACCUCUCAGAGCUGCAGCUGAGGACCCUUUGCAUAGAGGUGUGGCCGGUGCUGGCAGUGAUAGGAGGAGUUGAUGCUGGUCUUAGAGUUGGAGGUCGGUGUGUUCACAGGCAAACUGGGCGCCAUGCCACACUGCUGGGAGUGGUCAAAGAGGGCAGCACGUCUGCCAAGGUCCAAUGGGAUGAAGCAGAAAUUACUAUCAGCUUCCCAACUUUUUGGUCGCCUAGUGAUACUCCAUUGUAUAAUCUGGAACCCUGUGAACCACUGCCUUUUGACGUGGCGCGAUUCCGAGGCCUGACGGCUUCUGUGCUGCUGGACCUCACGUAUCUGACUGGCAUUCACGAAGACAUGGGCAAACAGAGCACCAAGCGACAUGAAAAAAAACAUCGACAUGAGUCUGAAGAGAAAGGGGACAUUGAGCAGAAAACUGAGAGUGAAUCUGCUUUAGAUACGCGAACAGGCCUAACAUCUGACGAUGUCAAAAGUCAGGGUACUACAAGCUCCAAAUCAGAAGGUGAAAUAGCUUCAUUUUCUUUAGAUCCAACCCUGCCAGGUGUGGAAUACCAACACCAAAUAACAGAAGGAAAGAGAAAAAAUCAUGAACACAUGUCCAAAAUCCAUGACAUACCCCAGACAGAAAUCAGAGCAGUCCAGUUGUCUUAUCUCUACCUCGGUGCUAUGAAAUCACUUAGUGCUCUUCUUGGCUGUAGUAAAUAUGCUGAGCUGUUGCUGAUACCAAAAGUUCUGGCUGAAAAUGGCCACAACUCAGACUGUGCAAGCUCUCCAGUUGUUCACGAAGACGUGGAGAUGCGUGCAGCCCUGCAGUUCUUGAUGCGACACAUGGUGAAGCGAGCGGUCAUGCGGUCCCCCAUAAAGAGAGCAUUGGGAUUAGCUGAUCUGGAACGAGCUCAAGCCAUGAUCUAUAAAUUAGUGGUCAGUGGGCUUUUGGAAGACCAGUUUGGGGGCAAAAUUAAGCAAGAGAUUGAUCAACAAGCUGAAGAAAGUGACCCAGCCCAGCAGGCACAGACUCCAGUUACCACUAGCCCAUCAGCCUCGAGCACGACUUCCUUUAUGAGUAGCUCGCUGGAGGACACCACAACUGCCACCACUCCAGUCACUGACACAGAAACAGUGCCUGCAUCUGAGUCCCCAGGAGUGAUGCCACUAAGUCUCCUCAGGCAAAUGUUCUCUAGUUACCCAACUACCACCGUACUUCCCACACGUCGUGCACAGACUCCUCCAAUAUCAUCAUUACCAACCUCUCCUUCUGAUGAAGUAGGAAGAAGGCAAAGCUUAACUUCUCCUGAUUCCCAGUCAGCAAGGCCAGCUAACCGCACAGCCUUGUCAGACCCAAGCAGUAGACUUUCAACUUCUCCUCCUCCUCCAGCAAUUGCAGUACCCUUGUUGGAAAUGGGGUUCUCCCUCCGACAGAUUGCCAAAGCCAUGGAAGCCACAGGUGCUCGAGGGGAGGCUGAUGCCCAGAACAUCACUGUCCUUGCCAUGUGGAUGAUAGAGCACCCUGGGCAUGAGGAUGAGGAGGAGCCUCAGUCAAGCAGCACAGCAGACUCAAGGCAUGGAGCAGCAGUUCUAGGCAGUGCUGGGAAAUCAAAUGAUCCCUGUUAUUUGCAGUCACCAGGAGACAUACCAUCGGCUGAUGCUGCUGAAAUGGAGGAAGGCUUUAGUGAAAGCCCUGAUAAUCUGGAUCAUACAGAGAAUGCAGCUUCUGGUAGUGGACAACCAACUAGGGGUCGCUCAGCAGUAACACGAAGGCACAAGUUUGAUUUAGCUGCUCGCACAUUGCUAGCAAGAGCAGCGGGGUUAUACCGCUCUGUGCAGGCCCACAGGAAUCAAAGUCGGAGAGAAGGAAUAUCUUUGCAGCAAGACCCAGGGGCAUUGUAUGACUUUAAUUUAGAUGAGGAAUUGGAAAUUGAUCUUGAUGAUGAAGCAAUGGAAGCAAUGUUUGGACAAGACCUGACCAGUGAAAAUGAUAUUCUGGGAAUGUGGAUCCCAGAGGUACUGGAUUGGCCUACCUGGCAUGUUUGUGAGUCUGAAGACAGGGAAGAAGUGGUGGUGUGUGAACUGUGUGAAUGCAGUGUUGUCAGCUUCAAUCAGCACAUGAAGAGAAAUCACCCAGGCUGUGGGCGCAGUGCAAACCGCCAGGGCUACCGCAGCAAUGGCUCCUAUGUUGAUGGCUGGUUUGGUGGUGAAUGUGGGAGUGGAAAUCCAUACUACCUGCUCUGUGGCAGCUGCAGGGAAAAGUACUUAGCCCUGAAGACCAAAUCCAAGACCACAAGUUCUGAAAGGUACAAGGGACAAGCUCCAGAUCUAAUUGGCAAGCAGGACAGUGUAUAUGAAGAAGACUGGGACAUGUUGGAUGUUGAUGAAGAUGAAAAGCUAACAGGUGAAGAAGAAUUUGAAUUACUUGCUGGACCACUUGGUUUAAACGAUCGACGUAUUGUACCAGAACCAGUUCAGUUCCCUGACAGUGAUCCAUUGGGAGCAUCAGUAGCAAUGGUUACAGCCACCAACAGUAUGGAAGAGACUCUGAUGCAAAUAGGUUGCCAUGGCUCGGUAGAAAAGAGUUCCUCUGGGAGAAUAACAUUAGGUGAGCAGGCAGCUGCCUUAGCAAACCCUCACGACCGAGUGGUGGCUUUAAGGAGAGUGACUGCUGCUGCUCAGGUACUUCUGUCCAGAACCAUGGUCAUGAGAGCGCUGUCUCUUCUCUCAGUCAGUGGUUCCAGUUGUAGCCUGGCUGCUGGUCUUGAAUCUCUGGGGCUUACAGAUAUCCGAACGCUCGUUCGAUUAAUGUGCUUGGCUGCAGCAGGGAGAGCUGGCCUCUCCACCAGCCCUUCUUCCAUGGGAAGCACCACAGAACGCUCACGAGGUGGGCACAGCAAAGCCAACAAACCCAUCUCUUGCCUGGCCUAUCUGAGCACAGCAGUGGGAUGUCUGGCAUCAAACACACCUAGUGCUGCAAAACUCCUAGUGCAGUUGUGUACACAGAACUUGAUUUCUGCUGCAACAGGUGUAAAUCUAACUACAGUUGAUGAUCCAAUUCAGCGAAAGUUUCUACCCAGCUUUCUCCGAGGAAUUGCUGAAGAAAAUAAGCUUGUGACCUCCCCAAACUUUGUUGUAACUCAGGCCCUUGUGGCAUUACUAGCAGACAAGGGGGCCAAACUGAGACCUAACUAUGAUAAGUCAGAAGUUGAAAAGAAAGCAGGUUUAACUGCUCAAUUGUAUGUCCAUCCUUCCUAUGAUCCUUCUGCUGUAGGCCCUCUGGAGCUGGCUAAUGCCCUGGCAGCUUGCUGCCUGUCCUCCAGGCUGUCCUCACAGCAUAGGCAAUGGGCUGCUCAACAGCUUGUGCGCACUCUUGCUGCACACGACCGUGACAACCAAACUACUCCACAAACACUUGCUGAUAUGGGAGGAGAUCUCAGAAAAUGUUCCUUUAUCAAGUUGGAGGCUCAUCAGAACAGAGUAAUGACGUGUGUUUGGUGUAAUAAAAAAGGACUCUUGGCUACAAGUGGCAAUGAUGGCACCAUCCGGGUGUGGAAUGUUACCAAGAAGCAGUAUUCACUGCAACAGACCUGUGUGUUCAACAGAUUGGAAGGGGAUGCUGAGGAAAGCCUGGGAUCACCCAGUGAUCCAAGUUUCUUGCCUGUUUCCUGGAGUAUCAGUGGCAAAUAUCUAGCUGGCGCUUUGGAAAAGAUGGUGAAUAUCUGGCAAGUUAAUGGAGGAAAAGGAUUAGUAGACAUUCAGCCCCAUUGGGUAUCUUCCCUGGCUUGGCCAGAGGAGGGUCCAGCUACAGCCUGGUCAGGAGAGUCUCCAGAAUUAUUGUUGGUGGGGCGGAUGGAUGGAUCUCUAGGAUUGAUUGAAGUUGUUGAUGUGUCCACCAUGCACCGUCAAGAAUUGGAGCAUUGCUAUCGAAAGGAUGUGUCCGUGACUUGCAUUGCUUGGUUCAGUGAAGACAGACCAUUUGCGGUGGGAUAUUUUGAUGGAAAAUUAUUAUUGGGGACAAAGGAGCCGCUUGAGAAAGGAGGCAUUGUUCUAAUCGAUGCACAUAAGGAUACUCUUGUUAGUAUGAAGUGGGACCCAACAGGUCAUAUUCUUAUGACAUGUGCCAAAGAAGAAAAUGUGAAACUCUGGGGGCCUAUUUCAGGAUGCUGGUGCUGUCUACAUUCACUCUGCCAUCCAUCUAUUGUAAAUGGCAUCGCUUGGUGCAGCCUCCCAGGGAAAGGAUCCAAGUUGCAUUUACUGAUGGCUACUGGCUGUCAGAGUGGCUUAGUGUGUGUUUGGCGUAUUCCACAAGAUACCACACAAACCAAUGUGGCCACUUCAGAAGGAUGGUGGGACCAGGAAUCAAAUUGCCAGGAUGGAUAUAGGAAGCCAGCUGGAGCCAAAUGUGUUUAUCAGCUACGGGGACACAUCACCCCUGUCCGGACAGUUGCCUUCAGUUCAGAUGGGUUGGCCCUGGUGUCUGGUGGACUAGGUGGCCUCAUGAACAUUUGGUCUUUAAGGGAUGGCUCUGUCUUGCAAACUGUUGUGAUAGGCUCUGGAGCUAUUCAGGCCACAGUAUGGAUUCCAGAUGUUGGGGUUGCUGCUUGUUCAAACAGAUCAAAGGAUGUUUUGGUCGUGAAUUGUACGACAGAAUGGGCUGCUGCCAAUCAUGUGUUAGCAACCUGCAGGACAGCCCUGAAACAGCAGGGUGUCCUGGGACUAAAUAUGGCUCCCUGCAUGAGAGCAUUUCUGGAGCGGCUUCCCAUGAUGCUGCAGGAACAGUAUGCCUAUGAAAAGCCUCAUGUGGUUUGUGGCGAUCAGCUUGUUCACAGUCCCUACAUGCAGUGUCUGGCCUCCCUUGCUGUGGGACUUCAUUUGGAUCAGCUGUUGUGUAACCCUCCAGUACCACCACACCACCAGAACUGUCUCCCUGAGCCUGCAUCCUGGAAUCCGAAUGAGUGGGCCUGGCUAGAGUGUUUCUCAACCACCAUAAAAGCUGCUGAAGCCUUGACCAACGGAGCGCAGUUCCCGGAAUCUUUUACUGUUCCAGAUCUAGAGCCUGUUCCAGAGGAUGAACUUGUAUUACUAAUGGAUAACAGUAAAUGGAUUAAUGGCAUGGAUGAACAAAUUAUGUCUUGGGCAAUUUCCAGACCUGAGGACUGGCACCUGGGAGGUAAAUGUGAUGUCUACUUGUGGGGUGCUGGCAGGCAUGGACAGCUGGCAGAAGCUGGAAGAAAUGUAAUGGUACCUGCAGCGGCUCCCUCAUUCUCACAAGCCCAGCAGGUCAUAUGUGGUCAGAAUUGUACCUUUGUCAUCCAGGCCAAUGGCACAGUGUUGGCUUGUGGGGAAGGAAGUUACGGCAGAUUAGGACAAGGAAACUCAGAUGACCUUCAUGUGCUGACAGUUAUUUCAGCCUUACAAGGUUUUGUGGUGACUCAGCUGGUGACUUCCUGUGGUUCUGAUGGGCACUCCAUGGCCCUGACUGAGAGCGGUGAGGUCUUUAGCUGGGGAGAUGGUGAUUAUGGCAAACUUGGCCAUGGGAACAGUGACAGGCAGCGGCGACCCAGGCAGAUUGAGGCCUUACAAGGAGAAGAAGUGGUGCAGAUGUCUUGUGGCUUCAAGCACUCAGCAGUGGUAACUUCAGAUGGCAAACUAUUUACCUUUGGGAAUGGCGACUAUGGCCGUCUGGGUCUUGGAAACACCUCUAAUAAAAAGCUUCCAGAGAGAGUGACUGCACUGGAGGGGUAUCAGAUUGGACAGGUGGCUUGUGGCUUAAACCACACUUUGGCAGUAUCAGCAGAUGGCUCCAUGGUGUGGGCUUUUGGAGAUGGUGACUAUGGAAAACUAGGUUUAGGAAAUUCCACUGCAAAAUCUUCACCCCAGAAAGUUGAUGUUCUUUGUGGAAUUGGAAUUAAAAAGGUUGCUUGUGGAACUCAGUUUUCUGUUGCAUUGACCAAAGAUGGUCAAGUGUAUACCUUUGGUCAAGAUCGCUUGAUAGGCUUGCCAGAGGGUCGUGCUCGCAAUCACAAUCGGCCACAGCAAGUCCCUGUCCUGGCAGGAGUAGUCAUCGAAGACGUGGCAGUUGGAGCUGAGCACACACUUGCUUUGACAUCAACAGGAGAUAUAUAUGCCUGGGGGAGCAAUUCAGAAGGACAGUGCCUCAAGGACAUCCUCUGCCACAGGACUGAUUGCUUUCUUGGCCUAGGCCACACCAACCACGUUCGAGAACCAACCCUGGUUACAGUUUUGCAAGGGAAAAAUGUUCGGCAGAUCUCAGCUGGCCGCUGCCACAGUGCUGCAUGGACAGCGCCGCCUGUCCCACCAAGAGCACCAGGUGUGUCAGUCCCUCUGCAGCUGGGCCUGCCCGAUGCAGUGCCCCCCCAGUAUGGGGCACUGAGGGAGGUGAGCAUUCACACCGCGAGGGCCAGGCUCCGGCUGCUUUACCACUUCUCGGACCUCAUGUACUCGUCUUGGAGGUUACUGAACCUCAGCCCCAACAACCAGAACAGUACAUCUCAUUAUAAUGCUGGAACGUGGGGCAUUGUACAGGGACAGCUUCGGCCUUUGUUAGCCCCAAGAGUCUACACCCUCCCCAUGGUGCGCUCCAUAGGAAAAACCAUGGUUCAAGGCAAAAACUAUGGACCUCAAAUUACAGUAAAGAGGAUAUCAACCAGAGGACGAAAGUGUAAGCCCAUCUUUGUCCAAAUAGCAAGACAAGUAGUUAAACUGAAUGCAUCAGACCUUCGUCUGCCCUCCAGAGCAUGGAAAGUUAAGCUUGUUGGAGAAGGGGCUGAUGAUGCUGGAGGAGUGUUUGAUGACACAAUCACAGAGAUGUGCCAGGAACUUGAAACUGGUAUUGUUGACCUUCUUAUACCCUCUCCCAAUGCUACUGCAGAAGUGGGUUACAAUAGAGACAGGUUCCUUUUUAACCCUUCUGCCUGUCUUGAUGAACAUUUAAUGCAAUUUAAGUUCUUGGGAAUUUUAAUGGGGGUUGCCAUUCGCACAAAGAAGCCUCUGGACCUGCACUUGGCCCCUCUGGUAUGGAAGCAGCUGUGCUGUGUCCCCCUUGCCCUGGAGGACCUGGAGGAGGUGGACCUGCUGUAUGUGCAGACCCUCCACAGCAUCCUUCACCUUGAAGACAGUGGGAUCACUGAGGAGAGUUUCCAUGAGAUGAUUCCUCUUGAUUCUUUUGUUGGUCAGAGUGCUGAUGGCAAAAUGGUUCCCAUUAUCCCUGGUGGAAAUAGUAUCCCACUCACAUUUUCCAAUAGGAAGGAAUAUGUGGAGAGGGCCAUUGAAUAUCGACUUCAUGAGAUGGACCGACAGGUGGCUGCAGUCCGAGAAGGGAUGUCCUGGAUUAUCCCCGUGCCACUGCUGUCCCUCCUCACAGCGAAGCAGCUGGAGCAGAUGGUGUGUGGGAUGCCAGAGAUCUCGGUAGAAGUGCUGAAGAAAGUGGUACGGUACCGGGAGGUAGAUGAGCAGCAUCAGCUGGUGCAGUGGUUCUGGCACACGCUGGAGGAGUUCUCCAAUGAGGAGCGGGUGCUGUUCAUGAGGUUUGUGUCUGGAAGAUCUCGACUACCAGCCAACACUGCUGACAUUUCUCAGAGAUUUCAAAUCAUGAAGGUUGAUAGGCCUUAUGAUAGUCUGCCUACCUCACAGACCUGCUUCUUCCAGCUGAGGCUGCCCCCCUACUCCAGCCAGCUGGUCAUGGCUGAGCGCCUGCGCUACGCCAUCAACAACUGCCGCUCCAUCGACAUGGACAACUACAUGCUCUCGCGAAACGUGGACAACACUGAGGGCUCCGACACUGACUACUGACGGCUGGGGGUGCCGUGCUGCCGCCCCCUCUUUUCUCAGUAAUGCUCACUUCCAAUUUCAUGUUGAUAUACAUAGAUGUUCUAGGAACAUAAACCAAUAUUACAAACAGUGGCCACAUUUAGUUACUCUAAAUGUAACAAAGAAAUUAGAUGUUUUUAUUUUUCUGUGAUUGUACAAAACAAAGACAAAGUGCUCUCAGUCAGGUUUUUCCCUCCAUAUUUUGGUCACUUUUGAUAAGUUUGCAUGGAACCAUUUUGGUGCAUUUUUAGUUGGGAAUGGUACAUUUUUGUAAACCCACCCAGUGAACAUGAGAUUGUACAUUGUGUAUAAUUGUUCAUUAGAAAGGACAGUUUUACAUGAAUAUUCAUAUAUUUAUUUUGUUUUAAUUUGAAUUGCCUGUGCAGGGUUCCUUAUGCAGAGAAAUAAAGCCAGUCAGGAAACAGGA